AGUUAUCCGUCUACAAGGAGACCUGUAUAGAUCACAUGAUGGCACCAAUGAGGAUGGAGGAGGACCGGAGUCACAUGACUGAGAAGAUACUAAAACCUCACCCUGGAGAUCAUCUACCUGCUGACCGGAGAGGAUUCUGGGAGUCUAACAUGAUAUUCCUAUUGGUUCCUCAAUACAGAGAUUUCCUCUUCUGAAGUCAGGUGAUCAUAUGACCAUCACAGUGCCUCCAUGUGACUCCCUAAACCCUGAGAGACACAACAUGCAGAAGAUUCUAGAAGUCACCAGAGAGAUCACUGAGCUGCUGACAGGAGAGGUUCCUAUAAGGUGUCAGGGUGUCACUGUCUAUUUUCUCCAUGGAGGAGUGGGAGUAUUUAGAAGGACACAAGGAUCUCUACAAGGACGUCAUGAUGGACAAUCAGCCGCGCCCCUCACAUCACCGGAUGGAUCCAGUCAUGGGAACCACCCAGAGAGAUGUCCCCGUCCUCUGUAUUCCCGGGAUUCCACACAGGAAGGUCACACCAUCCCUCACCAUCAUCAGAGUGGAAACCUGAGAGAUCCUAAAGUUGAGGUUAAAGAAAAGAUAAAAGAGGAGGAGUGAUGAGGAUGGGGUGAUUUGGAGGAGUCCGAGAUUCCAGAAGAACACCAGGACACCUUUGGUGGAGUCAUCCAGCUACAGGAACCCACCAAAGAGAUGUCCCUGUCCUCUGUAAUUCCCCAGAUUCCAUCACAGGAGGGUCGAUACACACCAUCCCUCACCAUUACAAGGGUUGAAGACUCUGAAGAUAUAGAAUUUGGAGGUAAAGAGAAAGAAGAAAGAGGCGUCUGUGCGGGGUACGGGUAUGAUCAGCAGUCAAGAAGGAGGAGGAUUGGAAUAACGGGGACAUUUAUACAGGAGGACACUCCUACAGAGAUCAGCACA